AUGCCCGACCCUCAAGACUACGCCAUCGGCUGGAUCUCUGCUAUAAGGACUGAGUAUGUUGCUGCCCAGGAAUUUCUCGACGAUGAGCACGGCCCGCCCGAGCUUUUGUCAAGCAACGAUACCAACCACUACACUCUGGGCCGUAUUGAGAAGCAUAAUGUCGUCAUCGCAGUGUUGCCAGACGGUGAAUACGGAACGUCUUCCGCGGCUAGUGUUGCAACGAACAUGCUCCGUAGCUUCCCUAAUAUUAGGAUUGGUGUGCUGGUCGGCAUCGGUGGUGGCGCACCAACCCCGAAGCAGGACAUUCGUCUGGGCGACAUCGUGGUUAGUGCACCGCGCGACGGCCACGGCGGGGUGUUCCAAUACGACUUUGGCAAAACGAUCCAGGACAAGGCCUUUCAACACACAAGAUUUCUAAACCAACCUCCGACAGCUCUGCGGACUGCAUUAACCGGAAUCAAGACUCAAUAUGAGAGGAAAGGCCAUCAGCUCGAGGCGGCUGUCACCACCGUUCUCGAGAAAAAUCCAAGAUUGCGAGACAAAUAUAAGCGACCGGCGCCUGCUACUGAUAGGCUGUUUAAGAGCGAGUUCACAUGCGACCCGAGAGGCUGCGCGGCAUUUUGUGCAAAUGAGCCGUCGAAUUUGGUCGCGCGGCGCGAACGGAGGACGAACGAGGAUAACCCCGCAAUCCAUUACGGCUUAAUCGCCUCCGCAAACCAGUUAAUGAAGGAUGCAACGGUUCGUGACAAGCUUGCAACGGAGAAAGAUGUUCUGUGUUUUGAAAUGGAGGCAGCAGGGCUAAUGAAUCACUUUCCCUGUCUGGUCAUUCGUGGCAUUUGCGACUACUCGGACUCGCACAAGAAUAAGGAGUGGCAGCGGUACGCAGCAAUGACGGCUGCAGCAUAUGCAAAAGAUCUACUCUGCCAAAUAACCCCAAGCAGGGUUGAAGCCGAGAAGAAGAUCGCCGACAUUCUAUCUGGCCUGCCAGAAGUUCUUAAAGAGCAACGAGACAUUGCCAAGGAGCAGCUUCAAACCCAGAAAGAUCUAGCCGAGCAGAGACUGUCCAGAGAGGAACAAGACGAAAGACAAAAGUGUCACCAACUAUUCCGCCUCACGACUGGCAGCAAGGACGCAACAUACGAGUGGUAUAAAGACCGAGUUGCAGAACGGGUUGAUGGCACGUGCUCGUGGCUCCUCAGGCACGAGAAGUUUCAGGACUGGUUGAAACAGGAGUCCGGUCCCUUGCUAGUCACAGCGGAUCCUGGCUGUGGGAAGUCGGUGUUAGCCAAGUACCUGAUUGACCACCAGAUAUCACAAUCGGCACCAUCGACGACCAUCUGCUACUUCUUCUUCAAAGACCAAGACCAGAGCACCGUCCGGCAAGCCCUUUGUGCACUACUUCACCAGUUCUUCUCUCAGAGGCCCGCUCUGAUCGAACAUGCACUCCCGCCAUUCCGCAAAAACGGGCCAGGUUUAAUCGACUCUACCAAAUCGCUGUGGGAGAUUCUGCGAACCGCCGUACAGGACCCCCAGGCUGGACCUGGCCAAUGCCAAGGCGACAAGUUCAGCCACGGCAAGUUGAAGUAUCUCCUGACAAGCCGCCCAUAUGAACAGAUCGUGUCUGAGUUCCGUGAUCUGUUGGAGAGUUUUCCAAAUAUCCGUAUUCCAGGGGAACAACAGUCGGAGAAAAUCAGCCAGGAGGUGAACCUUGUCAUUACGCACCGCAUCAAUCAACUCUCGAAGAAGAAGGGCCUCUCAGACAAAAUUAAGGUCCAUCUAGAGAAAAGACUACAGGAGAUUACCCACCGCACAUAUCUCUGGGCGUACCUUGUGUUCCAGUACUUAGAAGAGGAGAACUGGAAAAGGACACAGAAGGGAAUUGAUUCCACCAUAAAAUCGCUUCCUGGGAGUGUCAAUCAGGCAUAUGAGCAAAUCCUCAGCAAGUCUACGGAACGCCUGAAAGUUCAGAAAGCACUAAGUGUGAUUUUGGUCGCGAGUCGGCCGCUGACACUCUCGGAAAUGAAUAUUGCGUUGAAUAUAGACGAGAGUUCGCAGUCCAUUCGUGACAUUGAUUUAGAGUCUGAGAAGGACUUUGAGUCAAGUCUCCGAUCUCUAUGUGGAUUGUUCAUUUCAAUCCAUCACGGCAGGAUUUACUUCCUUCAUCAAACUGCUCGCGAGUUUCUCCUCGCAGACCCGGCACGUGCAGUUAGUACGCCAGGGCUGCAUUGGCAUCGUUCUAUCAGUACCAGCCAGGCACAUGCUGUUCUUGCGAAGCUCUGCGUGCUCUAUCUAAACUUGUACAACACUGACGAUUCCAUUUCGAGAAAUGCGACUUUGGAGGCCAGCGAUUCCGACGACAACCACUCCGUCGGGAGCCACUCGGUCAAUGGCGACGCCCUCUUAAAUUACUCAGCCAAAACUUGGGGCUGUCACUUUCGCGACGCCAAUAUCGUCGAUGGCAAUGGCACCAUGGAUUCCGCUUUAAAAAUAUUCUGA